AUGUCUUUAGAUAAGUUGAAGAGAGUACGAAGAGGGCAUCGUGCCUUCGUGACGAAAACAAUUCAAGGUGUAAACGAAGUUUGCCAGUCUUACAAUGGAACGCUAUUGGAAAAGGAAAGACUACAAAGCUGGAAAAGUACGUUAGCUGAUAAGAAGAGUGUUUUAAAACAGCAAGAUGAUGCAAUAAUGGAACAGUUAGACAAGGACGAAGACAUUAACGGUGAUAUUUUUUGGAAAGCAGUGAAUUUGAAUGAACUUGUUAAAUUCUGGGAUUUAGAAACAUUGGGGAUUCAGGAAAAGGAACCGUCUGUUUACGACAAGUUCACACAAGAAGUGCAUUUCAAUGGUGACCGGUAUGAAGCAAAACUGCCUUUUAAGGAUGAACACCCACUCCUUCCAGACAACUACAGCAUUUGCGAGAAGCGACUAGGGUCCUUGAUUAAGCGUCUCCGUGCAACACCAUCUGUUUUGCAGGAAUACCAUAAGGUUAUUGAAGAUCAACUUAACACUGGAGUAGUCGAACUAGUCGAAGAAGUUGAUGGGAAGUCACCUGGACAUGUUCAUUAUUUGCCACACAAGGAAGUUGUGAGAAAUGAUAAAGAUACGACUAAAUUAAGAGUCGUAUAUGAUGCGUCGGCGAAGAAAACCGGUCCUAGCCUGAAUGAUUGCCUUUAUGUUGGCCCCCCACUUACACCAUUAAUAUUCAACAUCCUUACCCGAUUCCGAAUUCAUCCCGUGGCAGUAACAGCGGACAUAGAGAAGGCCUUUCUGAAUAUUGCUAUAGCACCAGAGCACCGAGACUACCUGAGAUUCCUAUGGGUUGAUGACCCGUCGAGUGAAGCUCCCCAGAUUCAAGUGUUACGAUUUACAAGAGUAGUUUUUGGACUUACAUCUAGCCCAUUCAUUCUAAAUGCCACCUUAAAACAUCACCUUAACCAAUAUGCAAUCGUAGACCCACAGUUUGUCGAAGAAGUUCUGCGAUCGCUUUAUGUUGAUGACCUUGCCUCUGGUUCGCGAGAUGUGCCAUCUGCAGUGCAACUUACAACAAAGGUGAAAACCCGGUUAUCAGACGGAGGCUUCAACAUGCGGAAGUGGAACAGUAAUUCCCAAGAAUUGAUCGAAACACUCCAGGAGAACUCUACAUUUUCUAAAGCGGAAGCAUCAGUUGAUCUCGAAAAUUAUACCACUUCUGAUGUAGCUCACGGAUAUGACACAGUGAACGAAGCCAGCUCUCGCGUUCUCGGACAGAUCUGGAACACAUACACUGAUGAACUAAUAAUGGACUUCGCUAAAGUAUUAUCUGAUGCCGAUCUCAACAACGUGACCAAGAGAAUCAUUCUUAGUACAGCAGCAAAGUUUUUCGAUCCGUUAGGACUUAUUUCGCCAGUCAUUUUGAUGUUCAAAUUGCUAUUCCAACAACUGUGCAAAUCGGAAGUAGGUUGGGACGAAACAUUGAACGAGGACAUGAUCAAAAACUGGCAAUCGAUCGUAAAAAGUUUGGAAGAUUCGAGCAAUUUCUCCCUGAAUAGAUGCUACUGCAAAGAGUUGUUCGCGGAUAAAACGAAGUCUAUCCAAUUACACGCUUUUGGUGAUGCAUCGGAAUCGUCCUACGGCGCGUGCGUUUACUUGCGAUGUGAACACGAGGCUGACGUACAUUGUAAUCUAAUCGCGUCGAAAACACGAGUUGCACCCAUGACGAACCAAACCAUACCGCGUUUGGAACUGUUAUCUUGUUUAUUAGCUUCACGAUUACUCAACAGUGUGAAAGAAGCAAUCGGGGAAAUUCUUGAAAUUGAAUCCGAUAACUUGUGGUCUGAUUCAACAACAGCUUUACAUUGGAUUAAGAACACUGAUAAAGAGUACAAGGUGUGGGUACAGAAUCGAGUUUCAGAGAUAAGGAAGUUAACAUCGGUAGAAACCUGGAGAUAUUGUCCAACACAAUUCAAUCCUGCAGACGUGGCAUCUCGGGGUGCGUUAGCCACUCAGCUGAUCAACGAUGAGAAGUGGUGGCAUGGACCUAGUUUUCUCCAGAACCCACAAGAAUUAUGGCCUGUUCAGCCGGGCAACGAGUCUAAGGACAAUCCUGAUUAUUGUCAAGAGUUAAAGUUGAGCUCUACUAAGUCAACCACAGCACUAGUUACGAUCGGAAGUCAACCAGAGCACAACCUCGAAGAGUUAAUCGAUCCUUCUAGAUACAGCAGAAUUGGAACAAUCUUACGAGUUACGGCGUACGUUAUUAGAUUUGUUCGGAACCUACAAAGACGUCAGCGGAAGUCGACUGCAGCGGAACGGAAGGGUUCUCUUACGGCAGAUGAGAUAAACAUAGCUGAAAAGAUGUGGAUUCGACAAUUACAAUCAACCUUACCGAACAUGAAGGAUUACAAGAAAGUGAAAGAGUCACUCUCCUUGUUCGAAAACGAAGACAAAAUCAUCCGUUGUCGUGGGCGUAUCGACGCGUCACCCUUACCUUACGGAACAAAAUUCCCGAUACUUUUACCCAGCGACCAUUACAUCACCCGGUUGAUUAUCAUGCAGAGCCACGAGGACGUGAUACACAAUGGUGAACGAGAGACAUUGACACAACUGAGAUCAAAAUUCUGGGUCACAAAGGGACGUCAAGUCGUUAAGAAAAUCAUAUCGAAGUGUACCGUUUGUAGGAAAUUGGAAGGAAAGAGUUAUGGAACUCCAGCCAGUCUCGCUUUACCGGACUUUCGGUUAAGUAAUGACUUUGCUUUUACCAGAAUCGGAGUGGACUACGCUGGUCCGUUUUAUGUUAGAGACAUCUACACGCAAAGCAAGGACAUGCAUAAGACAUAUAUCGCUUUAUACACUUGCGCGAGUAGUCGAGCAAUCCACCUGGAUUUAGUUCCUGACAACACGACCCAGUCUUUCGUGAAAAGUCUCAAGCGCUUUAUUGGAAGAAGAGGAAUACCCUCACUUGUAAUUUCUGACAACGCGAAGACCUUCAAAGGCGCUGAAUUGAGGAAUUUCAUCGCGGUCAAAAACAUCAGAUGGCAAUUUAUUGUCGAGAGAUCCCCCUGGUGGGGCGGGUUUUACGAACGGAUGGUGAGGUGUGUUAAACGAUGUUUAAAGAAAGUGUUGAGCAAUGCCCGUUUGACUUACGAGGAGUUAUUAACAUUGUUAAUCCAGAUUGAAGGGGUUCUUAAUUCACGUCCGCUAACGUAUGUCAGUAACGAAAAGGAUGAACCGCUGACCCCCUCUCAGUUAGUAAUCGGACGGCGGAUAGUUUCGGUACCUUCAGAACUCCAAGAUGACGUGAAGAUUCAAGCGCGAAAUGAUGCGAUUAAGCGAGAUAAAUAUCUCAAAACAGUAUUAGGACAUUUCUGGAAGAGAUGGAGUUCAGAAUACUUAACCCAGUUACGUGAGCACCAUCGGCCGAGCAAAAGAGACGGACCUGUUAUCAACGUCGGAGAUGUCGUAUCGGUUAAAGAAGACAAUGUUAAGCGAUUGAAUUGGGAAAUGGCAUUAGUGGACGAACUGAUCCAAGGAAAAGACGGAAAAUCACGAGCAGCAGUUGUAAGGAUGAUCGGCAAGGACGGAAAGGUAACACGGCUACGACUACCCCUACAGAAGUUAUACCCUAUUGAAUUACAAUCAGAGUUACCAGAUGAGAAAAAGAGUGAAUUUCCAAUCACGUUCGUGAAGGAAGCCAAACAGGAGAACAUUGACAUUUAA